CGCCCAACGUACGAGCGCACUCGCCAGCCUAGCAUCCGCAUCCGCCGCAGCUCGGGCGGCUCGCAGGCGCCCCCGAUCGACUAUGCGUCCGAGAGUAGCGACACCGACACCGGCACGCGCUACGGCUUACGGCCCCGAAGCAUCUCGCAGCCCUCGCCGACGGCUCAGUCCAACGCCGAUGGCAACGUCGCCCGGCACUCGCGCCGCGUGCCCCAGCUGGCGCUGCCCCGGCUGACGGAGGAGGGAUCGCGCCCGACCAUGGCCGAGCUCGGCGUGCCCAUGUCGCCGGCGAGGUCGCUGCCGGACCAGCGGCUGGACGAGGACGAGCAGCGCCGCCGCUUGUCCGCCGGCUCGGAGCCCGGGCGGAAGAUGACCAGGAAGAGGAAGCUCAGCAAGCUGCUGUGGCCCGGCUCCCUCAAUCGCGGCUCUCCCGCUCCGCGUGGCGACACAGAGGCCGGCGGCGAUGCCGCGCAGGGACACGCGCAGGGCCAAGCACAGGGUCGCCCCCAGCCGCAGUCGGACGAGUACGGCGAGGGGCUGGUGGACUGGCUCGACAUCAUUGAUCCCGAGGUCCAGACCCUUUCGACCCUGACCAACGUGCAGAACUCGCUCUUCGUGCCUGAUCUCGGCCCUUGGAUCAACCGUCGCCCGACGUACGUGCUGUCACAGCGUGAGGCUGGAACGCAUGGUCGACCGGGCCGCCCUGCAGAGCGCGAGGAGGAGCGUCUGCCCGAGAUCCCGGAUGAGGAGGCGAGGGUCGAGACCGGCGUCGAGCCCACGGCCGAGACUGAGACAGCGGCUCCGACCACGCUGCGCAGGUCCGACACCAUCACAUCGAGGCUCACGGACUCCCACUACGCUGCGCUGCCCCAUGGCUUCAGCCUCGAGGGUUGGACCGAGGAGGAGAAGCGGGAGCUGGACGACCGCGUGCGCCACAUGCUGCACUCGCGCCGAUCUCGCUUCAAGCGCACCAUGAAGGGCUUCGGCCAGUACGUGCGGCGGCCCCUGGGCUUCUUCGUCACGCUCUACGCCACGCUCAUCACCCUCUUCGGCCUGGCGUGGGUGCUGUUCCUCAUCGGCUGGAUCUACGUUGGCGACAAGCAGGUGUAUACGAUACACAUCAUCGACAGCGUGCUGGUCGCCCUCUUCGCCAUCAUGGGCGACGGCCUGGCCCCCUUUCGGGCCGUCGACACGUAUCACAUGGCCUUUGUAGUGCACUACUCGCGCAAGAUUGCCAAGGCCAAGAAACAGAAGCAGAAGCUCAAGGACAAGGAAGCUGCU